AUGGCUUCCAAACCUAGCGUCUUAUUUGUCUGCAUUCAUAAUGCUGGUCGGUCCCAAAUGGCUGCGGGGUAUCUCAAUCACCUUGCCGGAGACAAUGUUGAAGUCCGCUCUGCGGGGUCCGCCCCCGUCGACUCCGUCAACCCUAAUGUUAUUGAAGCCAUGCUUGAAGAAGGCAUCGACCUGCGCAGCCAAAAGCCCAAGGUUUUGACAACCGAGGCAGUUCAACUCAGCGAUGUUGUCAUCACGAUGGGUUGUGGCGACGUCUGCCCUUUCUUCCCGGGCAAGCGAUACCUGGACUGGCAGCUGAACGACCCCGCUGGUCAAGGCAUAGAUGCGAUCCGACCCAUCCGUGAUGAAAUUCGUCAACGUAUCGAGGGUCUCAUUGAAGAGCUCAAGUCCGAAAAAGCUGUUUGA